AUGACAACUUCUGCACUUCCAAGGUUUGUUGUGCUAAAUGUCCCAAAAGCUGCCACAAACACUUACGUAUGUCGCAAGGACGACGGCCUUGUCAUUGAUGGAGGCGACAGCACGUUCAGCCCGCUGGUCAAGAUCGAAAUCGAGCGUGCAACGAAAAACGCAGACGGCAACUCCAUCGUUGCUAUAUCAAACAAGCCAGAAGAGAACACAAUGAAGCCGUCGUGUACGCUCUUCGAGUCGAGCCUACAAUCAGAUGAGCUCCACUUGACUCACGUCAAGACCGGCUGGCGCGUCAUGAUAAACAAUUUUACCAAGGCUUUCUACGUCAACAAAAAUAGCAUCGGUGCGCCCCUUAGGUUUGUGGAUUGGGACAGGUUGGUUAAAUUGCCCCAACACGUCGCUUUCAAAGGAUACAACGGGGAAUAUCUCAAAGCGUAUCACCAUGAAGACCUUAAUUACCUCCAAUUCGGAUCCGACGAUCCAAUCAGUACCUUAUCCGGCCACAAGGUCUCGCUAAUGCGCGACGACCAUGUUCGGAUGUAG